AUGAAACGAAGAGAGCGGAGCUGGAUGUAUGAUAGAUUGGAUGGGCGUUCUAUUAAGCCUGGGUUCUUAAAAGGGGUAGAGGAAUUCAUACGGUUUUGCGAAGAGCAUCGUGAGACUGCAAAGAAUGAAUAUAGGUGUCCUUGUGUUAAAUGCAAUAACAGACGUUUUCAGGAUCCGGACACAGUAAGAAUUCAUUUGUACAGCAAGGGAUUCACUCCUCGUUAUUGGGAGUGGCUUUGUCAAGGGGAAGGGUUACCUGAAUCCUCAGUAGAAGGCCAGUCAAACGAAUAUCGUGAUAUGGUUAUGGAUGUUGUUGGUCAUAAUUAUGAUCGAUCGGGUACUGAAGCUGCAGAGGAGGAGCCUAACGCUGAAGCAAAGCGUUUUCUUGAUUUGUUGAAGGCGUCUGAACAUCCAUUGUAUGAAGGGAGUUCGAUGUCGGUUUUGGAGGUGGCGGCAAGAAUUACUAGCUUAAAGUGUGAGUACAAUUUGCCGCACAGGUGUGUCGAUGGGUUCGUUUCAUUGUUGACAGAAGUGAUCCCUGGCAGCAGUCGUUUGGGUGAGACAUUCUACGAUGUUAAGAAGGUUGUUAAGGGGUUGGAGCUGCCGCAUGAAAAAAUUCAUGCAUGCGCCAAGGGUUGUAUGUUGUUUUGGAAAGAGGAUGCUGAACUUCCUACUUAUAGAGUGUGUGGCAGUGAUCGAUAUAACAGAAUUUUUAAAGGCAGCUUGGUUCCGAAGAAUGCGCUAUUUUAUUUCCCGAUCACACCUAGGUUGCAAAGGAUGUUUGCAACGAAGAACCUUUCAGAGGAAAUGAGUUGGCAUGCAAAUAAUCCUUGUGUCAAAGGCACGAUGGCACACCCUAGUGACACUGAAGCUUGGAGACAGCUUGAUACCUGCUUCCCAAAGUUUGCCUCGGAUCCACGGAAUGUUCGACUAGGGUUGUGUACAGAUGGUUUUGCUCCUCAUGGUAAGUUCGGGGGUCAGUACUCUUAUUGGCCCGUGAUUUUGAACCCAUACAAUUUUUCUCCCUCGAUGUGUAUGAAAAGACAGUUCAUGUUCUUGUCACUGAUAGUCCCUGGCCCCAAAAACCCGAAGGGAAAUUUAGAUGUGUACAUGCAACCACUGAUACUGGAGCUGAAACAGUUGUGGGAAGUUGGCGCAAGUACUUAUGAUAUAUCAAAGAAACAAAACUUCAACCUUAGAGCAGCCAUCCUAUGGACCAUUAGUGACUUCCCUGCAUAUGGUAUGUUGUCUGGAUGGUCUACGGCUGGUAAUAAGGCAUGCCCGUACUGCAUGGAAAAAAGCAAAGUUGCUUGUGGGAGCUUCCGUAUUGGAAGCAUUUGCUGA